CAUAGGGUUCUUGCGAAGAUAGGGCGGGUGGCUCGAAAUUCUGCUGCAAAGCCUUGUUGCGGACCUGGCGAUGGAAUUUCUGAUUGCGAUGGUGCUUGUUAGCACCAUUGCGAUCAGUGUGCUGUGCAUCGUGACCACAGCUUGUGUGCUGGUGCUGGCAUCUGCCAUGCGUGCAGGAAUGGGAGCCGUGACUGAGAAUCUCCAGGUGAUGGCCUCUGGCAUUCAUGCGGCAGUGAGGGCGGACGUGCAAGGGAUCCAUGGUGCAGUGAGGGAGGAUGUGCCAGCAAUCCGUGGAGCCAUAAAGGAAGACGUUGUUGCUGUGGUUGGAGCAGGAAUGGGAUCCAUCCGUGCAGCAGUGAGGGAGGUCCAUGGUGCCUUGAAGGAGGACUUUGUUGCUGUGGUUGGAGCACUGAAUGUUGCGGCUAUGCGUGCUGCAAUCAAGGAGGACCUCCAGGCACUUCACGACACAGUGAAGGAGGAUGUUAUAGCAGCCCACAACCAAGUCAUGAUCGACUGUUCCACAUCCCUCUAUCAGGGUUUGGAUGGCUUGAUCCAGUCGUGUGCAAAGAGCACAGUGGUGGGAAAAAUUUUUCUGAUUCGGAUCUUCGUUCUUCGAAAUAAAAAGGCUCAUAUGUCGUGAGCUUCUGAUAGUGGAUGAGUGUAACUAUUUAUUCAGGAGACUAUUUAUUCAGGAGGUCCUUUGGAGCUGCGGAUAUCGCAUAUAGUCACUCGGUUCAAAUGCUUUGUAUGGUAACGGAACAUUCAAUCGAAGCUUUCAAGUUUUCUGUCUUCAA